AGCGCAGUUUCAGUAAUGAAGAUGAUGGUUUUAUGUCGUCCAGUUAAUACUUCGCCGAGAUCAGUCGGCAGUCACUCCUCGUGUAUCGGUGGAGCGCGAGCACAGGGACGCGGCCGGGAUGACAGCGCGCCUCUCCUUCUCUCAGUACCGCAUUGAGGCGGAGGUCGAGCGCUGCCGUGCGGAGUGUCAGUGGGAUAAAAUACCGGCUUUAGUGGAGCAGCUCACUGCUGCGCGGGUGCACGAGGAUGAUGAUUACAGGACACUGCUGUUGGCAGAAGCUCUGCUGGAGGAGUGUCUGCUGGAGAACGUGACCCUUCUGAAGAAUUCUACUCCUCUGACAGAACAUUCACAGCCUAAGCUAGCUCAAGCCAAAGCUCACCUCGACAGCAUCCUCUGCAAGGGACGUCUGGAGCCAAGAUACCUGAACGAAGCUCUGCUCCUGUUGGCUAAGGUGCACUAUGUGCAGGGCAGCUACAGGGAUGCCCAGGGCAUGUGUGCCAGAGCGGGAGUUGAUGAUUUCACCCGACAGGAGCAACCUCUCUAUCAGCUACGUAUGCUGGCAGAGGCGUUUGUCAUCAAAGGUUUGUCUUUGGAUCAUCAGGGUGUGUCCGGUGCUUCCCGUAUUAGACUGUCUGGGAGAGAUGAGGACUGCCUGAGCUGUUACCUCAUGGCCUGCGAUGCGGCACUGUUGUACCUGCAAGAGCUGGACAAGACUGUAACCACGCCCAGCUCCAAAACAACUAAAAGCGGCUCAUCGGUCCCUCCCUUGGAUGUGGACCCAGGCUUCUUCCUUCAAGCCGCCCUUCAGAGUGCAUACUUGUCACUGCUGCGCAAAGGUCACUUGGCUCAGGGGACACAUCAGCUCCGCAGGGUCAUGAGGGUUGUGGAGAGUCGGGGGUCUCAAGGUUUUAGGAAGACAGUAGCACGCAAACUUGCAGAAGUGUUGUUGACUUCAAUGAGUGAAGAUGCUUACUGGGAUCCGCUGACGUCUCCACCAACAGCCUGGCUGGACAGAGAGGGAGCCACACACCCUAAAGAUGCCAUGUACCCCUCCUCCAGACCACCACAGACCUACAGUACUGAGGGAAGUUUCUGUCCACAGGACGUGGUUGAAGAGGCGGUACUUCUGCUACUCAUCACAGAAUCUAUGGCCAGUGGUGAGGCAGUGAUCAGUCUCACACCAGAGCAUCAGGAGGAGAGACUGAGCAGCAUACAGGAUGCCACCUCUGUGUAUGAUCUGCUGAGCAUCGGUAUGGCCAGAAGGGGGGAGUACGACAUGCUGUCACAGUGUUUGGAACGGGCCAUGAAGUUCUCCUAUAAUGAGUUCCAUCUUUGGUACCAGCUCGGCUUGUCUUUGAUGGCAAGUGGGAAGAAUGAAGGGGCUGUGUCUGUGCUUAAAGAGUGCGCUUCAAUGAGACCAGAGGACCCCACGCCACCCCUGUUAGCGGCUAAAGUGUGCAUCAAUCAUCUGCAUUGGCUGGAAGAUGCCGUGUCUCUGGCAGGACGUCUGGUUGCUUUAGGAGAGUGUGCUGGGGAAUCUCUUCCUCGAGCUCAUCUCACCAUAGGCCUGUGUCGCAGUCUGCAGGCCUCCGAUGCCACGCUGAAAGCCGAUCGGGACGAAUUUAACAGAAGAGCACUGCAGUCACUACGCAAAGCGUUUGCGCUGGAUCCUCAUGACCCACAGAUUUCCUUCUACCUCUCUCUGCAGCUCGCUCUGGUUCGACAGAUUUCAGAGGCGAUGGAGCCAUUGCAGUCCGCUCUGAAUGUACACAAUGAUGAUCUUAACUCUCUACACCUGCUGACUUUACUACUCAGUGCCCAGAAACACUACCAACUCGCCUUGGACACACUUAAACUCGCCCUUAACCAACACCCGGACAACUUUAAUCUGCUUUUUACUAAAGUGAAGCUAGAAGAGGCUUUAUUCAGCCCGGCAGUUGCUUUACAGACCUGCGCAGAAAUGCUGGAGCUGUGGCAGAGCCGCUAUGACUUCACUCGACUCAGUGACGAAGAUGACAACAGCAGUAUACCCCCAGAUCCGGGCCCUUUGAGCAGGAAACCCAGCGGCCUCCACCUCACGCUUCCAGACUUCCAGGAGACAGAAACCGGGUCUCAGAGCGCUCCGUCUCUGGCUGUGUCCCGUCUGGAGAAGGCCAUGUCUGAGGUGUCAAUCCAUAGCUCCACCCAUAGGCAGGGCCCCACCUACAUUUGGAACACUCUGGAGCGCAUCUGGCUGCAAGCAGGGGAGUUGUUCAUCGCAGACGGCAGGAGGAAAGAAGCUCAGUUCUGUGUGCAGGAGGCAGGAACUCUCUUCCCCACCUCACAUUCAGUUCUGUUGCUGAAGGGCCAUCUGGCUGAGCUCAGAGGCAACGACACAGAGGCCAAGACCCUGUAUGAUGAAGCAAUCGCCAUAAACCCUAGAGGACAUCGCAUACUGCUGCAUCUAGGGAAGUUGUUGGUGCGUACCGGCCGGGUGGGUCUUGGGGAGAAGGUUCUGAGGGAUGCGAUACAGGUCCAGAACACGGCACACGAGGCCUGGAGCAGCCUGGGGGAGGCGCUGCAGAGCCGAGGCAGCUCACAAGCUCCAGACUGCUUCAUUACAGCACUAGAGCUGGAGUCCAGCUGCCCCAUUCGACCCUUCACUAUCAUCCCACGAGAACUCUGACAUCACAUCAUAUACACAAUCACUUCAUGUUUCAUGUUGUUUCAAACACACAUUGCACCCAAAAGGUGCCGCUCUUGUGAUCAAAACACAUGAACACUUCAAAUUAUUCGCUGCAAAGACUGAACACAUUUUCUUAUCACUUCCUUGCGAGAUGUAAUUUUGUUGUUAUGCUGCAUUCUCUUGUUUCUCAGGGACAACAUUCUGUAAAAUUCCAGUGACUGGCUUGGAUCUUCGUUGACUAUUUAUGUAGCCAGCGGUCGUUCUUUUAACAAUGAUUGUGAAAUCAUCUCCAUGUCAUUGUUUUCUUUUGUAUUCCCUAUCAGCACCGGCCCUGUAGCUCAGACUUUUGAAGAUCUUAUGUAAUAUUUCCAAUGCUGUUUGUCUUCUUUCUCUGGGGCGGCUGUGGUCGCCUAGCAACCAGGCCGUGUUUGAGUUUCUGGGGAGGCUGUUGGAUCUUCAGCAUGUGGGUCUAAAGCCUCAUGGAAAACAACACUGUGCUAUUUUAGCCGGUUUGUGUGAGAUGCCGGGAUCAAGAUGUUAAUUAGGGAAAGUAGAGAUUUGAGCUGCUUUAUGUAAGUCUAAUACAGUGGGAUUCUUUUUUACUUGCACUAUACAUGCCCACAUGUUCUCCUGGCACAAGGAACACGUUUCUCUCCGGCGUCUUCCAAUUUUAUUGUUUCCAACAGGUCUUUCUGCUCCAUCUCCAUUACUUCAGCUGAACCGCUGCCAUAUUAUAUGAUGAUUUAUGGGAUGAAAAUGACUGUUUACAGGUUUGCGUUGUGAGUGUUGAAAGAUAAGCUUACACAAAAUUAGGGCUUCAGCUAUCGAUUUUUUUAGUAAUGGAGUAGUCUAAUGAUUAUCAGUAUUCGGAUAAUAAGUACUUUUUCUUUUUUAAAGAGCAAUACUAAAUUAUAAAUAAAAAAUUAAAAUGAGCAACUCAUUUGUUUCCUUUUCUAGAACAAUUUACAUUUUUAUAGCUGAAAUUGCAUACAUUAAUAUCUGUGAAAACUAAACCCAUUUAGCACAUUCAUUGCCUUUUUACUUUCAAAAUGCAAUAUUAUUUAAAUGAGAAACAUGAAUAAAAAUAGAAAGUUUCAAAGGCAAACAUCUAACUUAUGCAUGAUGCACUUAGUUACUCUAAAUAAGCUUUCGUUUCGGUUUUUAUACUUUUAAAAAGUACUAUAUAUUUGUCCACAUCAAAUCUGUAGUUAACUGGUCUUUUAUUUUGGCAGGUUGUAGGAAGAAGUUUAUUUUUUGUGUCUGUUUCUUUGCUCAAACAAUACAAUGUUUGUGAAAUAAACUCUCAGAGAUGAAGUUCA